AUGCACUCAACUACCCUCUUUUCGAGCCUUGGUGCUCUGUUGCUAUCUUCAAUUGCUUUUGCAGCGCCUCACACUGGUCUGUCCGGUCUCAUGGAAAGACAGACUUGUGAGUUUGACUCCGCAGCAUCACCCGAAUGCUGGGGCAACUACUCUCUUUCAACCAACUGGUACGAGGAAGCUCCUGAUACAGGUAUUAUCCGGGAAUACUGGUUCGAGGUCACCAACUCAACAGCGGGACCUGACGGUGUGGACCGUGUUGUGCUGAGCAUCAACGGUUCAGUUCCUGGUCCAACUAUAUUCGCCGACUGGGGUGACACUGUUGUUGUUCACGUCUCCAACGCACUUGAGAAUAAUGGUACAAGCAUACACUUCCACGGUAUUCGACAGAACUUCACAUCGCAAGAGGAUGGUGUUGCGUCCAUCACUCAGUGCCCUGCGGCCCCAGGUGAAUCCAUUACGUAUACUUGGAGAGCUACACAAUAUGGCACCACGUGGUACCACUCACAUUUCAGCCUUCAAGCUUGGAACGGUGUUUUUGGAGGUAUUGUCAUUAAUGGACCAGCUUCAUCCGCAUACGAUGAGGACAAAGGAGUGCUGUUCCUGAACGACUGGCAUCACAAGACCGCUGAUGCGCUUUACGUUCAAGCGUCUUCUGGAGGUCCUCCCGCUGCCCAGAAUGGGCUCAUCAACGGCACCAACACAUACGGAGACACGGGCUCACGAUUCCAGACUUCAGUUACCAGCGGCACUUCUUAUCGACUUCGUCUCGUCAAUGGUGCCAUGGACACGAUGUUUCGCUUCGGUAUUGACAACCAUACCCUGACUGUCAUCUCCGCCGACUUGGUUCCCAUUGAGCCAUACACAACCACCUCCGUGAACCUUGGCAUUGGACAGCGAUAUGAUGUAAUCGUCACAGCCAAUCAAGAUCCCGGCAACUACUGGAUGCGUGCUAUCCCUCAAACCACAUGUAGCAGUUCCAACGAGAAGACGCUUGAUAUUCUUGGUAUCUUUAACUACGACAGUGUCGAAGUAGCAGAUGGUACAAGCACCUCUUUCAGUUAUAUUGACAACUGCGACGAUGAGGCGAUCACUCCUUUCCUCCCUCUGACCGUCGAGGCGCCAGGUAGUGAGCACGUCUUUGACAUUGGUCUGGACACCUCAAGCGGUCUCUUCAGGUGGACGAUCAACGACAACGUCUUUCUCUCAGACUGGGGUGAGCCGACCCUCGAGAAAGUGGUUGAUGGCAACACAAGUUUCGCCAUUGAGGAGCAAGUUGUUGCCCUGAGUGAGACUAACGAAUGGGUCUACUUCGUCAUUGAAUCUCAAUUUGGUUUGCACCAUCCCGUCCAUCUACACGGACACGAUUUCUUUGUCCUUGCUCAAGAGACUUCGGCUACAUGGGCAGAGGGUAAUCCUUUAAAUCUGGUAAACCCACCACGAAGGGAUGUAGCCAUGCUUCCCGCCUCCGGCUACCUGGUUAUUGCAUACCAGUCCGACAACCCAGGUGUUUGGCUGAUGCACUGCCACAUUGGCUGGCACACGUCCCAGGGUUUUGCUCUGCAACUAGUUGAGCGUGAAUCCGAAAUCGCUGCAACAGUCAAUUCAGACACGAUGAAGCAGACUUGUGACGCUUGGAACGCGUACCAGGACGCUAACGGCAUUCACCAGGAGGAUUCUGGCGUUUAG